CCAUACUGUCUAUCACAACCCCUCAUCUCGGCGUCCUUAUCGACAAGAGUCCCGACCUAAGCUCCGUGACCCCACUAUCGCACCCCGAUAUCAGUUCAUCCAACCGAUCACCGUUUGCGUCACUUGUAUUACUCAAUCAAUGUAACCACCGAAAACCAUCAUCGGUAGUCCGUAGAAACCCACCACCCACAAUCCACAACCCAAACCAUGAGCACUUCACCACCCACCCCAACAGGGGGCCUAACCACCUCCCAACUCGCCUCCUUCUGGCGAGACGGGUACCUCAUAAUCCCCCACGCCCUCCCCCCAACCACAGUCCAAGCCCUGCUGCACGAAACCCAUAGCCUACUAGACAACUUCUCGCUCUCCGAACACCCCAUGACGCGCUUCAGCACGGGCGAGAAGUCCGCGCACGUAGGGGACUCCUACUUCCUAACAUCCGGGGACAAAAUCCGGUUCUUCUUCGAAGAAGACGCCUUCGACGCCUCGGGCUCUCUCACGAAGCCCAAAAGCCUCGCCAUCAACAAAAUCGGGCACUUCCUGCACUCGCUCUCCCCACCCUUCGCUUCUCUCCUCUCCCCAGAGUUGAACCCGGAUUUACUGGGAGCAGCGUCGAGCGGAGGCAGUGUACUCGCCGGCCGUAAAGAAAGCCAUCCCGCGGCGGUGGCGCGGGCGCUGGGGUUCAGAGACCCCCGGUGUCUGCAGAGCAUGGUCAUCUGCAAGCAGCCGGAGAUCGGGGGCGCGGUGCCGGCGCACCAGGACUCGACGUUUUUGUACACGGACCCGCCGUCCGCAGUAGGGUUCUGGUAUGCGCUCGAGGACGCGACGGCCGAGAACGGGUGUCUGAGUUUUCUGCCAGGAAGCCAUCGCUGGGCACCCGUGCGACAGCGGUUUGCGCGCGCGAAAGCCGGGGGAACCGAGUUUAUAGAUAAUGAGGGGCCGAGGUUCCCUGUUGGAGAGGAGUACGGGGAGAGGGAGGGGAAGGGCGAGGAUGGGGAGUAUGUGAUGGGGGAGGUGAAGGCGGGGGAUUUGGUGCUGAUUCAUGGCAAUUUGCUGCAUAAGAGUGAGAGGAAUUUGAGUCAGAAAGGGCGGAUUAUAUAUACGUUCCAUGUUAUUGAGGGUGAGGGGGCUAAGUAUGAUGAGCGGAAUUGGCUGCAACCGCCUGCGGAAGGGUUCACGCGGCUUUAUAGAGACUAGUGGGGAGGGAAUAGCGACCUCAUGUAGUUGUUAUGUAGAGUAUUAUGGAGGUGGGUUUCUUUAAAACUCGACGGUACCUAGUUAAUAGACAUCAUUAAUAAUCUGCACUACCAAUAGCGUGAAUAUAUAGGAGUUCAACAUAUUUACAUCUAACUUUUAGUACAAUAAGUCUACGACCCUGGGUUAUAUGGUUACUUUAACGACAAUACCCCUAGGAAGUCCACAUCACAUACUGUACCAAGCUUACAAUCAAGCA